GUUACAGAAAUCGGACAGGCCUUAGAGAGCACUACUAAUUUGAUCAAUUAAAUUAAUAGUGAUAUAUAUUUUUAUAACGAAAAAAUGGCUAUACAUCAGAUGGUGAAGUAUUUUCUAAAGGCCUCCUGUUUUGUGGCUAGCAUAAUCUUUCUUGCAGCUGUACCAGGUCUUCCACCACAUACAACAUUUCCAACCGCAGAGUUUAAUGUAACUCUUCCACGUGAACUUGAGGGUCCUUUAGCUAUAAAUAAACUGCUCGAUUAUGCAGACCACAUACUAAAAAAUGAAAUUAAUGGUCCCGAAACUAUAAUCGGUCGCGGUGAUACAGUGUAUAUGGGUCUUAAUGGUGGCAAUGUAGCAAUAUUUAAGAAAGGAUUAGUGAUGCCCAUUUUUCAGAUUGGAAAGCCAUGCAAAAGACGCAGUUUUGACGAGGCCGUGUGCGGUCGUCCGCUUGGGUUGGCAUUUGAUACGAAGGGUAAUAAUAUAAUUGUGGCUGAUGCAUACUAUGGAAUUUGGAGAGUAGAUCUUAAAAAGUAUAGAAAAACGUUGUUAGUAUCGCCAAAGCAAAUUUUGCCAGGAAAGUUUAUUAACCGCAAAGCAAAAAUAUUCAACGGUGUAGCAGUUGACUCGAAAGGCGAUAUCUAUUGGACUGACUCUUCAUCAGAUUUUACAUUCGAAGAUUCAGUACUUGCAGGCUUAACAAAUCCAUCAGGACGACUUUUUAAAUAUGAUCGUUCAAAAAAUAUCAGCACCGUUUUGCUCGAUGAACUUUUCUUUGCAAAUGGUGUUGCUAUAAGUCCUCAAGAAGAUUUCGUCGUUGUUGCUGAAACUGGUGGUAUGCGUUUAAUGAAAUAUUAUGUAGAUGGUAUUCGUACUGGUGAAAGUGAAAUAUUUAUUGAUGGUCUUCCUGGUCAUCCCGAUAAUUUGACUCCUGAUGAAAAUGGUAUAUGGGUGCCAUUAGUAAGUUCAGCGGAUAAAAAUAAUCCAUCAGGAUUUGCUGCACUUUCACAGUCUCCACAAAAACGCGAAUUUAUAAUAAGACUAUUGACAAUCUUUGAAAUGCCAUUUAAAUUCGUGGAACAUAUAAUACCGAAUCCUUUUUCUAAAUAUUUCAUUCAUUUCAUCGGUCACAGCAAGAUGUUUUCUGCUCUGUUACCAAAACGUACUACAAUCAUUCGAUUGGAUUGGAAUGGAAAUAUUGUCGGUGCUAUGCAUGGAUUUGAUGGUUCUGCCAGUAUGGUUUCACAUGUUUAUGAGAGUGGAAAGGAGCUUUUACUCGGUUCGCCAGUUAAUCGUUAUGUAACACGGGUUUUUUUGAAGGUUAAAUAAA